AUGGCGGCAGACCAAGGAGAGUUUAAUCAGCUCUUGAUUACUUUAAAUAGCCCGGAUAAUGAAAUUCGAGCACAAGCUGAGGAAUCUCUGAACAACAUCACAGUUGACAAUAGGGCUCUCCUACUUCUGUCUGCUUUGGCUAGUCCAGUAGGUGAAGAUGUCAAACAAAUGUCAUCUAUUUUGUUAAGAAGGCUUUUCUCAAAUGAAUUUGCAGAUUUACAACUUAAAUUGUCACCAGAAAAUUUGGAACAUAUUAAAACUCAGGUACUUAUGGGAGUUCAAGCAGAGCAAUCAGAAAGUCUUAGAAAACGCAUGUGUGACAUAGCAGCUGAAUUAGCUCGUAAUUUAAUUGAUCAAGAUGGUAAUAAUCAAUGGCCUCAAUUUUUGCAAUUCUUGUUUCAAUGUGCAAAUUCUCCUUCUGCUUCUCUUAAAGAUAGUGCUCUAAGAAUGUUUGCGAGCGUUCCAAGUGUUUUUGGUAACCAGGAAUCCAAUUAUUUGGAUGUUAUAAGACAGAUGCUUGAACAAAGUCUUUUACCGACUCAACCUUAUGAAGUUAGGUUUCAGGCAGUAAGGGCAGUUUCAGCUUUUGUAUCAUAUCAUGAAAAGGAAAUGCAAAUUUUAAAACAUUUUACUCAACUUCUUCCUGCUAUGCUUAAAGUUGUCAUGGAAAGUAUCGAGAAACAAGAUGGUUUACUACUUCCUUGCUUAAUAGAGUUAGCUGAGAUAACUCCAAAGUUUUUAAGGCAUCAACUACCAGUUGUUAUGGAAUUAUGUAUUAAGGUAUUAAGAACAGACGAUAUGAUGAAUGAAUGGCGUCAUUUAGCUCUUGAAAUUAUGGUAACAUUAUCAGAAACAGCUCCCGCGAUGAUGCGAAAAAAUGCUGGUGAGUAUUUAGUCGCAUUAGUUCAUGAAGUACUGAAAAUGCUGACUCAAUUAGAAGACGACGAAAAUUGGAGCAUGAGUGAUGAAAUUAUUGAAGACGAUAGUGAUAGUCCGAACAUCAUAGCUGAAAGCGCAUUAGAUAGAUUAGCUUGUGGCCUUGGAGGAAAGACAGUAUUACCUGUAAUUGUAGAAAACAUUCCAGGCAUGUUAAGCAAUUCAGAUUGGAAAUAUCGACAUGCUGCAUUAAUGGCUAUUUCAGCAAUUGGAGAAGGCUGUCAUAAACAAAUGGAAGCAAUGUUACCACAAAUUAUGGAUGCUUUGCUUAACUUUUUACAAGACCCACAUCCCAGAGUUCGUUAUGCAGCAUGCAAUGCUGUCGGACAGAUGUCAGCUGAUUUCGCUCCAGAUUUUGAAAAAAAAUUUCAUGAUAAAAUAAUUCCUGGAUUGUUGCAUGUUUUAGAUGAUGAUCAAAAUCCUAGAACGCAAGCACAUGCUGGAGCUGCACUUGUUAAUUUUAGUGAAGAGUGUCCGAAAAAUAUAUUAAUUCAGUAUUUAAAUCCCAUCAUGCUUAAGCUUGAAGCCAUUCUUAGUGCCAAAUUCAAAGAAUUAGUAGAAAAAGGAACAAAAUUAGUUUUGGAGCAAGUUGUAACCACUAUUGCAUCAGUGGCUGAUACCGUAGAAGAACAAUUUACAACUUAUUACGAUAGAUUAAUGCCUUGUUUGAAAUGCAUAAUUCAAAAUGCAAAUAAAGAUGAUCUAAAACUACUUCGUGGAAAAACAAUAGAGUGUGUCAGUAUGAUUGGUGUUGCCGUGGGUCCCGAAAAAUUUAUGCACGAUGCGUCAGAGAUAAUGGAUUUACUUCUUAAAACCCACAAUGAAGUACAACUUCCAGAUGACGAUCCCCAAACAAGUUACUUAAUUUCUGCCUGGACGAGAAUUUGCAAAAUUUUAGGCAAGUUUUUAAAAAAUAAUUUUUUUAAAGGAAAAGAUUUUCAAAGAUAUUUACCACUGGUUAUGGAACCAAUCAUGAGAACCGCAUCAAUAAAGCCGGAAAUUGCCUUAUUAGAUAACGAAGACAUGCAAGAUAUUGAAAAAAAUGUAGAUUGGCAAUUUCUACCACUAGGAGAACAAAAAAAUUUUGGAAUCAAAACUGCCGGCCUUGAAGAUAAAGCUUCUGCUUGCGAAAUGUUAGUUUGUUAUGCUCGUUAUUUAGGAGAAGGAUUUGCAGAUUAUGCUGAGGAAGUUGUCAAAUUAAUGGUACCCUUAUUAAAAUUUUAUUUUCACGAGGGUGUAAGAACUGCUGCGGCAGAAAGUUUGCCUUAUUUACUCGAAAGCGUGAAAGCAAAAGGGUCUGCUUAUUUGGAGGGAAUGUGGAAUUACAUAUGCCCAGAAUUACUAAAAGCUAUCGAUAAUGAACCUGAAAGUGAAGUAUUGACCGAUCUGAUGCACUCGCUGGCCAAGUGCAUAGAAACUUUAGGAGCAGGUUGCCUAUCUGAUGAAUCAAUGAGUGAACUCAUGAAGAUUUUAGAUAAACUAUUAAAUGAAUAUUUUUUAAGAGUAAUUAAAAGAGGAGACAAAAGAAAAGAAGAAGAUUACGAUGAGAUUACAGAAGAACAAUUAGAGGAUGAAGACUGUCAAGACGUUCACUUAUUAAGCAAAGUUGCGGACGUUCUUCAUUCAUUGUUUGCUGCAUACAAAGCUGCAUUCUAUCCUUACUUUGACCAAAUUGUUGGACAUUUUGUUAAAUUGUUGGCUCCAGAAAGGUCUUGGGCGGAUCAUCAGUGGGCUUUAUGCGUAUUAGACGAUACGAUCGAAUACGGUGGACCUUCCUGCGUUAAAUAUCAGGCAUAUUUUUUACCAGCUAUUUUAUCUUACAUUCAGGAUCAAAGUCCAGACGUAAGACAAGCCGCAGUUUACGGUUGUGGUGUUUUGGGUCAAUUCGGUGGAGCUUCCUUUGCAGGUUUUUGUGCGGAAGCUCUUCCAAGAUUAGUUGAAGUUAUAAACGAUGCUGAAUCAAGAUCAAAAGAAAAUAUAAAUCCAACUGAAAAUGCUAUUUCAGCUGUUACGAAAAUAUUAAAACAUAAUUCUUCUAGUAUAAAUGUCGACGAAGUAUUGCCGCAUUGGCUUUCGUGGUUGCCAGUUUGGGAAGAUUUAGACGAAUCUCCACACGUAUACGGAUAUUUAUGUGAUCUUAUACAGUCUAAUCAUCCAGUCGUGCUUGGAAAUAAUAAUUCUAAUAUUCCUAAUUUAAUAGCAAUAUUUGCUGAAGCAUUUUGCAGGAACGCUUUUACACCGGAGGAUGAAAUUGCUAAAAGAAUUUUAUGUAUUGUUAGACAAAUUCAGACAAACGAAGAACUUUUUAAAGCGUGCUUGCAGCAUUUAAAUUCAGAUCAGCAAAGAGCUUUACAUAUGGCUCUUGUAUCUUCGACAUCAUAG